AAUAAAAAUGGUGAUUGGUGUUUGUUAAAUCAACGAGCACAAAAUGUUUCAGUUCAACAAUUAAAUACAAAUAUUUGUUCAUUAUCAUUUUUUGAUCGUUUAUUUAACGGAAAUAUUGUAAGAGAGAAUGGACAAAUACGAAAAUGUGUUGAUGAAUAUCAAAAUGAAUUUAUUAUUUCAGAUGAAUUAAGAAAAGUUUUACUCAUGGAAGAAUUUGAGACUUAUGACAUAUUUUCAGAUGAAGAACGAAAAGAAUUUAUAUUCUGUCUAUUCAAGCAUUUUUGUCUUGGUGGUCAGGUGUGUCAAUAUGAGGAUGAUAUUAAACCAUACUUAGAAUCAACAAAAUCUGUUUAUAAAGAACUUGUCAGUGUUCAGAAGGAUCCAGAAACAAAGGUUAUUCAAGUUGUUUCACCUGUAUUCAAAGUAGAAGCAUUGAAUGAAAAUGGAAAGAAAUUUUAUCCAUCUCGUACGGUUUAUGAACAGGAUUUUGCCUAUAUGAUUAUUGAUCCAUACAAACGACACGUUAUUGUAUUAUCAAACUUUUAUGAAGGACCAUCAUUUUUUGAAUAA